AGUAGCUUCCAAAGGCAGUAGAGGAGUCAGUUUUAGAGCGAGAAAGUGAGGCGUGGUUUUCAGAGAAAGAAACAAUGGAGACUGAUGGUGAUCAGUUUCAUGUCUACCGCAGAAAGUUCCCACCAAACUCAUCCAACUCUGCUCUCACUUUGGGUUCCCGCUCCUCCAACCCCAUCAACACCAUGGCCGGCGAGGGCCAACAGCAGGGUCGGCGAGAGCAGGAGCAUUAUAUGCCCAUGGCACAUUUGACACGCGUCAUGCGUCGUGUCCUCCCUGCCCAUGCUCAGAUCUCCGACCAGGCAAAGGAAAGCAUCCAGGAAUGCGUUUGCGAGUUCAUUAGCUUCAUAACUAGUGAGGCUAAUGACAGGAGCCACCAUGAGCUGCGGAAAACCAUCACCGGUGAGGACAUCAUAGCUGCCAUGGGGAAGCUUGGGUUUGACGACUACAUUGAGCCCCUCACUCUGUACCUACAUCGCUACCGCCAGGCAGAGAAUGAGCGUGACGGCCGUCUGCCUCUUGGGGGUGCCAUGGACUAUGGUUCCCUUGGUGCCACACUGAGUUAUGGGCCACCACUCCCGCCGCCGCCGCCCCAGACUUUGAACAUGGGGAACCAAGAGGGGUUGCAAGAUGCUGCUGCUAUAGUUACUCAUAACUACUUCGAGGAAGAGGCGGGUGGUGCCGGCGGUAGCACCUCUUCUAGGUACCCUCGCGAAGACAAGUAAUGUUGGGUUUGAUUGUUCCAAGUGUGUGGCUUUUCAGGCUUUGAGAGACGAAAAAUGAAGGAGGGUUUUUUUUUUUCUUUUUCUUUUUCUUUUUUCUGGGUUGGGCUCUGUACUUCUUCUUCAUCUCAGUUUGUUUCUCAUUUGCAUUUCAUAAUAAUGACUGGUUUCAGAUAAGCAUGAAGACUUCUAUUCUCUAA